UGGUGGAUAAUGCACCAAAGCCAGACCUUCCAUCCAUGCUUAUGGAUGAGAGAGAGAGAGAGAGAGAGAGAGAGAGAGAUUGUAUGGUGUUUGAGAUGGAGUUCAAGGGAGGGUUUUAGGUCUACCAACUGGUAGUUAGAGAUAGAACUCCUUAACCAAACACAAUCCUCAACAGCCAAAUAACCCAAGAACUGCAACAACAAGAAUCACAAGAAGCAAUAACCACUACAAACUAGAAGAACAAGAAGGAAGUCAAGCACCAACCACUUCCUUAACUGGGGUUUCAAAUUCAAGCAAAGGCCCAAAAGCCAAACCUCCAAAAAGAGGAAGCUAUUUCAAAAAGGCACACAAAGAUAACUAGAAAGAGAAGGUUAUCAUUUCUUUCGAGAGUGAAACAAGUUUAACUAUGUAUGAGAGAGAGAAAGAGAGAGAGAUGCUCACGUGGGGUUUUGAUGGAAUGAUGGCUAGAAAAUAUAUGAUGAGAGAAAAGAAUCAUAAGUGAGGAAAUUCAUUGCUGCUUCCAAAUUCAAUUAUCACUCUCUUUUCUUUUUAGAAAAAAAAAGGAUUUACCUUUUUUUUUUUUUUCCAUGCUGCAUAUCCUUUGCCGUUGUAUGCAUAGGUCAAUAGGGGUGUGUAAUGAAAAGUGAAGUGUUUUAUUGGUUUUUUUGUUGUAUUGGGAUCGGAUUUUUGUAUCAGCGGAUCGAGUGGUUUCUUUGAGACUUUGAGGUUUUCUGUUCCCCACAAUACCCACAAGUGUUACUGGUUUCCAGCAUGAGGGAGUAGAACUUACAAGCAAACACUUAAAAGAUCAUAUCCAAAUUUGCUUUCUUUUGGAUUAGAAGCAUGCUAGAGUUGUUGGUAAUAGAAGCUGUUUCCAAUGGCAUUUUCAGUUCCUUGGAUGAUUAUGUAAUCUGACUCAAGUAAUCAAGCAAGAAAAUCUGAAGAUCAAAUAGAUAUGGCUACUUAUUAUGCUAGUUCAAAUAACCAAAGAGAUGCUGCACCAAUGAUAUAUAUGCCGGGUUCAUAUUCAGAGACACCAGUUCUUCCUGGUAAUAUGAUGAUGUAUAUGAAUGGUGGAUCAUACUCGGAUACCUUGGCUGGGAAUACGCAGCAGCAAAAUAACUGCAUUCAAAUUCAGUCUGUGGAGGCAUUGGAUUCAACCGCACGGCAGCAAGAAAUCUUGUCAAAUCUUGGUGGAUCACGAAGUGGGGAGCAUGAUUUUAAUGCUUGGAGGGAUAAUAGAAAUGAGAUGCUUGUUAUGAAUUCAAUGGGUGGACCUUCUGGCAUUCUUCAUAGUGGACAGAACUUACAUGGCCAGGGCUUGUCCCUCAGCCUUGGUACGCAAAUUCCAUCUGGAAUCCAAAUGCCUUCCAUCCCCUAUAGGAAUCCAAAUCCUGGCCUGGCUUCAUUCUUAGGUCCUAAUCCGUCAAUUAUGGGCGAGGGUGGUGGCAGAAAUGGCUCAUCUAGAGAUGAACAGUCAAAAAAUGCUGAAUAUCUGCCACCUGGAUUUCCUGGAGGUAAUCAAGAUUCAAAUAAAGGGGAUUUAUCCCCAUAUGGAAUGACCAGUAUUGCAAGAACCAUUCCAAAUUCUAAGUACCUUAAGGCAGCACAACAACUGCUUGAUGAAGUUGUCAAUGUUCGAAAGGCUCUAAAGCAGCCUGACAAGGAGAAAAACCAAAGCACAAAUGAGCAUGGGCUGAAUAGUUCAAAAAGAGGUGACAGCAAAUCAAAGAAUGGGUCUGCAGACCCUCAGGAAUCCACCAAUAACUUUCCAAGUGAGCUUUCACAUGCUGAAAGACAAGAAUUGCAGAAUAAGUUGAGUAAGCUUUUGUCCAUGUUGGAUGAGGUUGAUAGAAGGUACAGACAGUAUUAUCAUCAGAUGCAGAUUGUGGUGUCAUCAUUUGAUGUGAUAGCGGGAUGUGGGGCAGCUAAACCAUACUCGGCACUUGCCCUCCAGACUAUAUCCCGCCACUUUCGGUGCUUGCGCGAUGCAAUAAGUGACCAAAUUCAAGCAACCCGUAAAAGCCUGGGGGAGCAAGAAACAUCAGAGAAUGAUAAAGGGAUUGGAAUAACUCGUCUCCGGUAUGUGGAUCAGCAGCUCAGGCAACAGAGAGCUCUUCAGCAGCUUGGAAUGAUGCAGCAACAUGCAUGGAGGCCACAAAGGGGUUUACCUGAAAGCUCUGUUUCAAUUCUUCGUGCAUGGCUGUUUGAACAUUUCCUUCAUCCGUACCCAAAGGAUUCUGAUAAGAUCAUGCUGGCAAGGCAGACAGGCUUGACUAGAAGUCAGGUCUCAAAUUGGUUUAUCAACGCACGAGUGCGACUUUGGAAGCCCAUGGUUGAAGAGAUGUACAAAGAAGAGAUUGGUGAUGCAGAGAUGGACUCUAAUUCUUCUUCUGAAAAUGCUACAAAAGCAACAAAAGGUGACUUGAGAAACUACGAAGAGGAGGAAGAAAUGCAACAAAGUGCCAGUUCAACAGCAAACGAAAGAUGCAGUGCUGGACAAUUGCUGGAUUCCAAAUCUGACUGUGUUCCUGAUGUAGAAAUGGGAGGAUCAACUACAAGAAGCAAUUUUCAAAAUAUGACACGCAGUGAGGCUGUUACUGAAUAUGGGUUAUUGAAGCUAAGGGAGGAGCAAAGGCCCAGUGUUGAUGAUUGUGGUCUGUUCCCUGAUGCCAUUGUUCACUCUGAUGGGAGCGCUGAUAGGCUUAUUGCUGCAGCUGCUGCUGCUUAUCAAAUGUCAGAGGUGGGAGGGUUUGGGACUGGAAGUGGAGUGUCUCUUACGCUGGGGUUGCAGCACUGCGAGGGUGGUAACCUACCAGUGUCUACCACAGCCCAUCACAGUUUUGUUUCCAUGAGAGGGGAUGGUAUAUAUAGUGCAGCAGCAUCUUCUGUGGGGGCGGAGAACACAGAUUAUGAAUGCCUGACUGGGAACAGGCAACACAUGUUCAAUUCCUCCCAUUUGUUCCAUGAUUUUGUGGUAUGAAUUACUUUGGGACAGUAGCAACCUACUUUCUCUGUUCCAUUAGGAAAGAUUCAUCAUUACUUUCAGGUGAUGAAAGGAAGGUUGUGCAUAAAACACAAUUAUAGCAUAUCAAAAGAAUUGGUUGGAAGAUUAGCAUAUUGUAAAGAACAUAAUUUUGUCUUAAUAUUCUGUAAGGGAAUUGUACAAUUGUCGACAACUUUGGUAUGGAAAUAAAAAAAAAAAAAAAAGGGGAAAUCCAGGUUUGAAAUAAA